AUGGACAUAGAAGCGGCAGCUCGGGGCAUGAAUGAUGCUAUCGUGUUUCUCCCCAUCGGACGAGAAGAAUACCACGAAAGUGAAUUGACACGAGAUGCGGGAAUCGGUAAACGAUCCAACCAGUCCUUUCAAAGAAAACUUAAGAAGGCUCUAGAAAUGUUACCAGGAAAGAAGCGCGUUUAUUUCAAAGCAUGCCGGGAAGAUACGCAGUUAUUAACAAACAGUUCAGGUGGCAAACUGGUCCAGAAAUACGGUAUAAACGAUGACCAACAAACACUAUUAACCACUACUGGUCAACUCGAAGAGCCAUCGGCACCUCUCCUACAUUGCGUAGAAAUGCUCACUACUAUCAUCGACCUAAGAGAAACAUCUAUCUCUUUAGAGAGCGGGAAUUCUGUCAAAGCGGACUUCAUGCAAGGGCAUAAACAUGCACCGUACUCCUUUGUGUCACAACCAUACAGUGAUUUAAUGACAAACCCUACUUCAGUAAAGCUAAUAUCGAUGCAUUCUUCAACAUCUCCUCCUACUACAGGUUACUCGUAUUUAGAACAUCGUAACAACACCAUGAAACAGACGGUCCUCAAGCCUCAAACCAUAUUUGAUGGCAAAUUGAUCGAGAAUCUCGAGCAAAUUCUUCAAGGACACCUUGCCCCAGCUGCAAUUGCACGACAGAGACAUGCAUGGAAAUGUUUUCUGAGCUUCACCUCCCAGUACAGCUCCAUUAUAUCUUUCGAAAUUCCACUCUCUGUCCCCAUGUUGCACUAUGACGAUAUAUUGGUAAAUAUAGUGGGAGAGUUUGGUACCUAUCAAAAGAUAGCUUUGUUUCUGCUGGGAAUAGGGGGUACCGUGCCAUCUGCUCUUUUAGUUAUAUCACCAGUCUUUCUUCUUGCGACAACUGAUUCCUGGUGUAUAGUUCCUGAUCGAUAUAAAAUCAGCAAACGAGUUUGUUUUAAUAACAUCACUGAGAGCUGUGAGGAUUUGGUUAAACAUCUCAUUAUACCAAAAGAAACGAGAAACUUUGGAUGCAAGUCUGUCUUAGUAUUUGACCAAUGUCGUCGUUAUAACAUAUCCUAUGAUUCCGUUACUGAUUAUUCAGAGGCAUACAUCGACCAAUAUCUUAACAACACUGAAACUAUGAAAUGUGAUCUUGGAUGGGAAUACGAUACAUCGCAGUAUAAAUCAACAGUGUCACAAGAGUUUGACUUGGUUUGUGAUAGAUUCUAUCUGAAUGCAUUAGCCUCGUCUGUUUACAUGCUAGGGAUGCUGGGUGGAUCUGUAAUUUUGGUCAUCUUCUUUGGCCAAUUUGGUCGAAUGGAUCAAUUUAUGAUGUCAUAUAUAUUACUCAUAGUUACUGGAAUUCUAGAAGCAUUUUCUCCCAACUACGUUGUGUUUGCUGUGCUGAGAUUUUUCAUGGCAGCAGGGCAAUACGGAAUUUUUAUCUCUGCAUUCACUUUAGUAAGUGAGUAUGUUGGACCGACAAAACGCGCCAUUACGGGGAUGAUAUAUAUGGCACAUCUUAGUGUUGGAUAUAUGAUAUUAGCUGGGUAUGCCUACUUCAUACGUGAUUGGUGGAUUUUGCAGUUGGUCAUUGUUGUACCUUGUAUCAUGUUUUUAAGUUACUAUUGGAUCAUUCCAGAAUCACCAAGAUGGCUUAUUUCUGUUGGAAGGACAGAGAAAGCUGUGGAAACCAUCAAGCUAUUUGCCAGAGUAAAUAAAGUGACAAUUCCUGAAGAUCUGUUUAAUCAAGACUUGGAUAGUGAUGACGACAUAAUACACUUCCAUGAAAAAACAUAUUCCGGGAACCAGAACAAUUAUUGUUGUGCUGAUCUACUACGAUAUCCAAAUCUGCGAUUGAAGUUUCUAAUUCUUUGUUACAACUGGGCCAUUACAUCCCUUGUGUACUAUGGGAUAUCAUUUGACACAUCCAGUUUGGGUGGAAAUGCAUACCUCAAUGUAUUAUUUGCUGGUGCUGUAGAAAUCCCUGCAUACAUUUCCGGGAUGAUCUUGAUGGAUGUUCCCAGGAUAGGACGUCGAAGAUCACUUCUUAUAGCAUGGGGUCUUGUCGGCGUAGCAUGUUCUGUGUUAGCAUUUAUACCUACAUGUGGCGGUAAUUAUCGGGUGAGAUUAGCGUUGGUGCUACUUGGGAAGUUCGGUAUCACGUGCGCAUUUGGUAUGGUACGUGUCUAUGCAGCAGAAAUAUUUCCUACACCUUUGAGGUCGGAGGGUCUCGCGAUGUGUUCUGUGUGUGCAUAUACUGGCGGUAUUCUGGCGCCUCAGUUGAUUUUAAUGGGUGAACUGUGGAAACCACUUCCUAAACUAAUUUACGGGAUUACCUCAAUCAUAGCAGGUAUAUUAGUAAUAUAUUUACCGGAAACACGUGGAAAGCAAUUAUCGGAAACAAUAGAGAAAGCUGAGCAGUUUGGAAAAAAAGUGAAGAAACAUCGUGUAAGCAGUAAAACAAAUGACAUAGAGGAAUCAAGACUAUUGAAGUAA